AUGGUGUCAUACACUCCCUUGCCAGUAUCGUCGCAAGGCCUCGCACAGAGGGCCAAACCAUCCUCACUCCAGGUUGGUCUGUACAUGGUCGCCUGGAUUGUUUCAUCGAAUAUCACAAUUCUAUUCAACAAAUGGCUCCUUGACACAGCAGGGUUCACCAUCCUGCUAGUAACAUGGCAUCUCGUUUUUGCCACUGUCGUCACACAAAUCCUGGCCCGUACAACAACUUACCUCGACAGCCGUCAUGAACUUCCAAACAGUUGGGACUUCUACCUCACCACGGUUCUGCCUAUUGGCAUUGUAUCGUCCGGGUCUCUGGUUGCCUCCAAUUUUGUCUAUUUGUACUUGUCAGUGGCGGUCAUCCAGAUGCUAAAGGCAGCUUCGCCUGUUUCAGUCAUGAUUGUCUCAUGGCUAUUCGGUGUCAUGGAUCCAACUAUCGGAAAGAUUGCCAAUAUUCUUGUCAUUGCUAUGGGCGUUGCAGUCGCAAGCGCUGGCAUGAUCGAGUUUUCUGUGAUUGGCUUUAUCUUCCAGAUGGGUGGACUUGCAUUUGAGGCUGUGAGAGUUGUUAUGACGCAGGUCAUGCUUAACGGGGAGGGCUUGAAGAUGGAUGCCAUGGUCGGUCUUUACUACUAUGCCCCUGUCGUCGCCAUUCUGAACCUUCUUGUGGCGUUCAUGAUUGAAGUGCCACACUUCGACAUGGCCGACUUUCAUCGAGUUGGGUUUCCCACGCUCUUCUUGAAUGCAGCCGUUGCGUUUACACUUAACUUUACCAGUAUGGUGCUAAUUGGCAAAACAUCGGGUCUCGUCAUGUCUCUGUCAGGCAUAUUCAAGAACAUCUUGCUUGUUAUUUGCUCCGUCAUCAUCUGGCAUGUUACGAUCACACCAAUGCAGCUUCUUGGCUACAGCAUCACCCUUUUUUCUGAGCUGAAACCUUUCCUGCACGAUUCAGUUCCAUCGCCUCAGUUAGCGUAG